GCUAGGCAAAGCUAGGGCUCCGGAGGGCGGGAGGGCGAGGUGAGGAUGCUCCAGCGCUCGGCCCUAUCAUGGACCGGUGGAGGAGCGGGCUUUGCCGGGAGUGGGCGAGCGGCCGUGUUCGCGGGAGGGUGUGUCUCUGAAGACCAUUUUAAUUUCAAAGGAAUCAUGCUGUCCUCAAAUGAUCACAAGCUAGAGAAGCUGGCUGCCUUUCAUCCGCCUUCAAUGCCCAAACCAAAGACCAGUGCAGAAAUCAUAAGCGAAGCCCGCAAUGACUUGAGGUCGGUCAGAACCCAAAGGCCAUUCACACCCCGGGAAGACCAAAGGAAGCUCUUUGGGCCUGCCUCAUCAAGAACCCCAGAAAACAGGCCGCCUUCAUCCUUCAGCCUUCAUGCGUCCAGCUUUGACUUAGCCGAUUCCAGGCUUAUCUCUGGCACUCGUCUCAGGCCCCUCGAGCUGAAGCCCAAAGCUCCAGCAUCUCCCACCAGGGAGGAGGAUGCCCGCCUCUCCUUCCCAAAACCUCCACUGGACCCCGCGAAGAUAAGAAGAAUAAGUGGCGCACGUGCACGCUUCUACAGGGCUGCAUCCCAGGGGACUCUCCUGCCUGACAGAUCCUUUCCUGCUGCUGCCCAUUCAAAGACCGUGGAGGAGUCCGAAGAAACUGUUACCGUGGGGAAUUCUACAGCAGGAGUAAAUGAGAGCUAUUUAACACCAUCAAAUGCCAGGGGCCGUUUAAAGAGUCACACUCUCCAGCUUAUCUAUGACCAAGGCUUCCGAGAAACCGAAGAUCAAGAAGGGUUCAAGGCAAUAUCCCCGCCAUCUCAUCUCCGAAGCGGAGGGGAGCAGGGGAAGCGUUGGCGCGCGAGGGCCUCCUCCUGUCCCAGCAGCUCAGACCUGAGCGGGCGGGAAGCCAGAACAGCCUCAAGAGCAAGCUUACAGGACCAGGAGACAGAAAUAGACGUGGAUGAAGUCUUUUGGAAAACACGGAUUGUUCCGAUUUUACAUGAAUUAGAAAAGGAAGACAUCGAAGCAAUGUGCGCGGCUUGCACCCACCUCCACCGCACGCUGGAGAAAGGGCGCAUGCUCGGGAAAAAGUUCAAGAGAAGAAGUGUUCUGCUGAAGGCUCUGUAUAAGCUCGUGGACGUCGGCUCAGACCCCCUCAGCCUGAAACUUGCAAAACUUAUCCUAGCGCUGAAAGUGAGCAGGAAAAAUCUGCUGAACGUCUGCAAGCUGGUGUUUAAAAUCAGCAGGAGCGAGGAAAACGACGCCCUGAUGCGGAGUGAGGACAUCCUGGAAUCGUUACUGGAGGUGCUGAGAGUCGAAGACCUGCAAAGCAACACGGAAGCUUUUCUCUACUGCAUGGGGGCUCUGAAGUUCCUUUCUGGAAGUCCAGGAUUUCUUACUGAGAUGAUCGGCAAAGGCGCAGUGGAGAUCGUGACGCAGCUGAUAAUGCAAAUGAGCGAGGACACAGAGAAACAGGGCGCGUGUCUGCCCAAUUCAGGCCACUUGUUAGUCCAGACAACUGCUACACUGAGAAACCUGGUCGAUUCACCCCUGACAAGAAGCAAGCUCCUGAACACCGGGUCCUUUCCCCAGCUCUGCACAGUGAUGGAACAACACAUGGAUGACGAGGACAUCUGUACCAACAUUGCCAGAAUAUUUAGCAAACUAACCACUUACCGUGACUGCUGCGCAGCCCUGGCCAGCUAUUCCAGAUGUUACGCCUUGUUUCUAAGUCUCCUGAACAAAUACCAGAAGAAACAGGAUUUAGUAAUUCGAGUUGUUUUUAUCCUUGGCAACCUGACAGCGAAAAGUAACCAGGCCCGGGAAUUAUUCUCCAACGAGAGUGGGAGCGUUGAAACCCUGCUCACACUGUUUCAGAACUUCUCCCAGCCUGAGGGGCACUCACCGAGGCCGGGGCUUUCAGGAGCCAGGCCAGAGGCAGAGGCCGAGGAUGUGCUGAUCAAGCUGACCCGCGUCCUGGCCAACUUAGCCAUUCACCCGCGCAUUGGCCCCGUGUUGGCAGCCAACGUGCAGGUGGUGAGCCUGCUGCUGAGUGUUCUGGAAUCCAAGUCACUGGGCGACUGCGAGGAGCUGGUGAUCAAUACCACAGCAGCCAUCAACAAUCUGUCCUUCUACCAAGUGAAGAGCUCCGUCCUGCAACACAGAAAGCUGUAUGUUGCUGAACUGCUCUUAAAGCUCCUCGUGAGUAACAACAUGGAUGGGAUCCUGGAGGCUGUGCGUGUCUUCGGAAAUCUCUCCCAGGACCAUGACGUCUGCAAUUUCCUCAUGCAGAAAAAUGUCCACAAGUUCAUGAUCGCAUUGCUGGAAGCCAAACACCAGGACAUUUGCUUUUCUGCCUGUGGGGUCCUCCUGAACCUCACUGUGGAUAAGGACAAGCGUGCCAUCCUGAAAGAAGGCGGUGGCAUUAAAAAGCUGGUGGACUGUCUAAGAGACUUGGGUCCCGGCGAUUGGCAGCUGGCCUGCCUGGUGUGCAAGGCCUUGUGGAACUUGAGUGAGAACAUCACAAACGCAUCCGCAUGUUUUGGAGACGAAGUCACCAACACACUUCUAGUCCUCUUGUCGUCAUUUUUAGAUGAAGAACUAGCCCUGGAUGGCAGCUUUGACCAAGACCUGAAAAGUUACCACAGGCUGCACUGGGAAACAGAAUUCAGACCUGUGGCCCAGCAGCUUCUGGAGCGAAUCCAGAGUCACCACACGUUCCUGGAGCCCUUGCCCGUCCCUUCCUAACACGACACAGGCUACCGGCAGGGCUGGGCAGUCAGGUGUCCCUCAUUCAUGAGAAAUGGUAAAAGCAUGACGCAUUGUCCGUGUUCACACAUGCUGCGUGUUGUUAAAGUACUGGUUUUAGUGAAUAGCCCAAAUAUUUUGAAGGAAGUAAGCAUUUCUUUUUCUAGGUAUUAUGUAAAAUGAAUAUAUUUUUUUUUUCUGCUAUGAGAGAUAUAUGCAUUUUUAAGACUUCUUUUUCUAUUCGCCUUUAAAUCGCUUAGAAAAAGUCCUUAAAAACCUCGAUUUGACAACUUUGGAAUGAUUGUGCUUUGUCAGUUCACCAGUUAGGGGACUGCGCGCUGGGGA